AUGUUGCGCCUUGCGCGGGGGUGCCGUGUGGUGAACUCGUGUCCGGUCACACUCCUGGUGCCGCGGCGCGUAGUUGCCGCAACUGCAAGGUCGUCGUCGUCGUCGUCGUCGUCGUCGUCUAAGCCAAAGUCGAGGCCCCAACCCCGGGCCCGGCCCUCGGUCCCUCCGCCGCCGUUUGAGCUCGUCCCGACGUGCCCCUCACCGACAUGCGAGUGCGCCGCGACCCCGGCCAUGCCGGACGGGCUCGAGAUCGACCGCAAGGCCCCGCUCAACGGUGCCAUGUCGGCGUACGCGGAGCAGGUGCUCGUGUGCACGGGCAAGGACGACUGGGCGUCGCGUAUCGAGGAGGAGAACAGCGGGGAUAACCUCGCGGCCGACCUGAAGGAGCUGUUUGGGCGUGGGGGCACGUACAGCGAUCCAUGGCACAACGUCUCGGUCCUCAACGCCUCGUUCCCCUCGUCCACGCCCAAGCGGAGCGAGCUGCAGACGACGAGCGCCUACCUACUCCCGAGCUUCAAGUACGUGCCCUUCCUGCCGCGCGUGAGCUUCGACAGCGUGCAGGCGCUCGCCAAGGGGUACCUCCUCCCGGAGACGCUGCACCCGAUGCACGACGGCCUGUCGCCGAUCCACCGCGACCGGCUGACGCGCAAGGAGGCGUACCGGUCGCUGCUGUAUGGCGUGCGAGAUGUUACGGACGUGUUGGUCCUGGUGUGCGGGCACGGCGGACGGGACAUGCGGUGCGGCGCCAUGGGCCCUGUUCUGCGGGACGAGUUUGAGGCGCGGCUCGAGGGGGCCGGAGUCGACGUCGCGAGGGGGCCGAUCGAGGUCGACGAGAGCGGGGGUGAGACACAGAAGAUCGGGCUGCCCCACGGUGGAGAGACGGCGGGGCGCGGGGGGAUAUCGGCGAGGGUCGGGCUGAUCAGCCACAUCGGCGGGCACAAGUUUGCGGGCAACGUGAUUGUGUACAUACCGCCGGGUCUGCGGGCGAAGGGGGGCGAGGCGCACCCGCUCGCCGGGAAGGGGAUCUGGUAUGGAAGGGUCGAGCCGCAACACGUCGAGGGAAUCGUCAAAGAGACGGUUCUUGAGGGCAGGGUGAUUGCCGACAUGUUCCGCGGCGGCAUCGACGAGAACCGGAAGAUACUGAGGCUGUGA